AUGUCCGACGGGAAUUCGCACCACAAUGGCCCAUCACCCCUCUGCCACAUCGUCACGCCGGUUGGUAUGCUGGGCUUCGGAUUUGACGAGUUGCAGACCGCAGACAUGCUGGCGAAGCUUGUAGCAACAAACAUCCCGACCGCCAUCAUCCUCGACUCGGGAUCCACGGACAGCGGUCCUUCGAAACUGGCCUUAGGAUCCAUGUCGUGCCCGCGGGAGGCGUACACCAGAGACCUUACAAAGCUUCUGGGCAUGGUUGACACCUUCCAUGUUCCCUUGAUUUUCUCCUCAGCUGGCGGCGAUGGAAGCGAUAAUCAUGUGAAUGAAAUUCUACAAGUCAUUGAGGAAAUUGCAGAGCAGGAGAAGAACGAGCACUGCCGCUUCAAAACCGUUGCCAUCUUCUCAGGCAUCGAAAAGACCUUAGUCCGCGAUCGCCUCCGAGCCGGUGCCAUAACCGGCUGUGGACCAUGCGUGCCUCCCUUGACAGAAGAAGACAUUGAUUCAGCCCGCACCAUUGUCGGCCAGAUGGGACCCGAGCCUUUCAUUGACGCCAUGACCGCGCACCCUGACUUCGAUGUCAUCGUCGGGGGCCGCGCGUACGACCCUGCGCCCUACAUCGCCUACGCAUCCUUCCUUUCCAUCGGGCUCAAAGACAGCGUGAACUCAACUCCAGUCGAGGCGCUCUUGGGAGGCUUCUCACACAUGGGGAAGAUCAUGGAGUGCGGCGGCAUCUGCGCAGAACCGAAAUCACACGGCGCCGUUGCGAGCGUGUACCAAGACGGCACGUUUGAUAUCACCCCUCUAAGUUUGGAGGCGCGAUGCACACCGGUGUCCGUUGCGGCGCAUACGCUAUAUGAGAAGAGCCGACCGGAUCUGCUGCACGGUCCCGGCGGCUACUUGGAUGUCACCAGCGCCACGUAUGAGCAGCUGGGCGAUGGCAGGACUGUCAGAGUGCGCGGAAGCUCAUUUCAUUCUUCAAAGAGCGAUGGGAUGCCGUAUCAAAUAAAGCUGGAAGGAGCAACGACAAUUGGAUAUCGGUCCAUGUUUAUGGGCAGCGUCAGGGACCCAAUCCUCAUCGACCAGCUGGACACUUUACUCGAGCGAGUCAAGGCCUACGUGGCUGCACAGCACCGCGAUCAUUCUGGCUGGGAGCUCGACUUCCAUGUAUAUGGAAAACAGGUUCCGCCAAGCUCGGAAAUAUUCCUGAUCGGAGAAGCUCUAGCCUCUUCGCAGCAACUCGCGACAAGUUUGGCAUGCACUGCCCGCAUCGCCACUACUCAUGCGGCGUACCCGGGACAGAAAGCAACCUCAGGGAACUUUGCGUUUGGCAUCGGCGGGAAGACGGAGAUCCCAUUGGGACCAUGCCCGAAGUUUUCAAUUUACCAUCUCAUGGAUCUGAGAGAUGGGGAAGAACGACUUCAGCCAAGCGAGGAGGCCCAAGAUGCCUUGAAGAAUGGGAUAACCAGCCAGCAGAAUAAGCCCAUCGCCUCCCCAAGUCCCAGACCAUCACACCCCAACAACCAUGUUUCCCCCACAAAGCUGGGCCAUCUUGCGAGUGUCCUACGGUCCAAGAAUGCCGGCCCGUACGAGAUCACCUUUGACAUCAUGUUCGACUCCGAGUCAGUGUACAAUCUGGUCCGGCAAUUAGGCUUACUGAGCCCGAAGACGGCGGCGGAUGCACUAAAGGUUCCGCAGAACGACAUCAUCUGGUGCGGAUUUUUCGACCCAGCCCGAGCGUUCAAGGUGACCAUACCGCGCGUGAGAGCUGGGAAGAAGGUGGCCGCAGGGAGCUUUAUGGAGGAUGAUGCGCACGGAUCGCAGCAGCAUUUGGGGCUAGUGAAUUUAGAGCUUUCGACAACGAUUUUAGAGGGGCUGGGGAAGUUGGAGGUGGUGUAG